AUGACAGUCUCUCAAGAAGACAUUGCUUAUGAGAUAUUUUCUUGGUUACCUGCAAAAAUCAUUUGUAAAUUUAAAUUAACUUGCACUUCAUUCUCCAAAUUUUCAGAAGAAUCUCCUUUCAAAACAAAACAAUCUUGUAAUUUGUUAGGAAUGAGUGAUACAUGUUUCUUCCUCCAACAUGAUCAAAUAAGUCAAAGAUAUCAAAAAAGGAUUGAGUUGCACCAUUUACCUAAAGAGCAACAAUUGUCUGGUGUUCCUAACAAUAUUCUCACGUUCCUAUCAAGCUCAGCUUGUAUUCUAGCAUCUAGUAAUGGUUUGCUUCUUUGUCAUACCAUUAAUGAAGAUCCAAUUGAAUUGUUUAUUUGCAAUCCAAUUACAAAGUCUCGCUUUUUCAUUCCUUCUCCUGAGUCAUUUACAAAAAGCCAUAACUUUUCUACUAUAAAUGUCAUGUUGGAUUGUUCUAACAGCUCUUCUUCUGAUGACUAUUUCAUACUUCUUUUAGAAAACACAGAAGAAUGGUCACCAACUAGUUAUGCAUGCAAUAUAUAUCAUGGAAAACAAGGCGUGUGGAAAUCAAUGGAAAACGACUUUUUAAGUGGCGGUAGGAAUAUGAAAUUUGACAUGCCGGUGUUUUACAAUGGAGCCGUUCACUUCAUCUCAGAUUGCUCGGAUUACUUUAUGAGAUCAAGUCCUUUUUAUAAGCCUUACAUAGUGUCUUAUAAUUUUGAAAAAGGAACUUCAACUAUUCUUAAAUUGCCAAGGGAAGCUAUAAAAGGUUUUCACAUCGAGUGUGACAUGGGCAUAUUUAAUUGGGGUAAAGUGACAAGUUUCUAUAGUUCUAUUUGUUUAGUGAAAUUAAGAAAGUCUGUUUUUUCCAUUUGGAUUUUAAAAGAUUACAAGUCAUGUUCAUGGAAAAAGAUUUUGAAGGUGAGAGUGAAUGCAUUGGGGUUAGAAGAGAAAGAAGCUCAUGUCACCGGAUUUACAGUCAUGAAUGGCAAUAUUUUAGUUUUUUCUACAGAACAGAAAAUAUAUAGUUGUGGUUUGGAUGGAGAAACAUUUAUGAUUGUGAAAGAAAUAGGCUCACACAACUGUGGAUCCAAUCCUAGCUUUAUUUCCUACUCAAACACUCUUCGUUCUUGUGGGACUAAUGUUAAAACCAUGCCUUGCUAG